AGUUAAAGUCGUUUAAAAACGCUUUUCUCUUCUGAGAAAUCAGAAGCAGAUUUCAAAUGAGAGCGAAAACAGCAGUCGUUACCAGUCAUAAAUUGUACUACGUGUCGGAGCAAUUCGACAGCCGUGAAGCUUCUUGAACUGGCGCUGGCCCGCGGUCGAGACAGAGAGAUUUCUCGCCAGGUGGCCGUCGACUUCAAUGUCGGUUGGCGCGCAAUGGGCAAAAAAAAAAUUGCAAAGCCUAAGCCGUCAAAUACUCAUGGCAAGAAAUAGUAAAAAGGAAGAGUAAAGAGGAUUUUGGGACACUCUCUGUUAUGAUUUUCAUUUUCUUUGGCUUGAAUACAUUUUCCUACAUUUACAGUAUACAGUACAUUAGACAGCAGGAAUCAAUUUAGCUUGUGGCGCAAAACAAAAAAUUGCCUCAUUGGAUGUUUAUUUACUCCCCAAAAUGAGGGCACAUUUUGGCUGGCGGAAGAUAAACGUCCACAUUCGCAGUGCCCAUAAAUAACUUUUCUUAGUCUGGCUGCGUGUGCAAAUGGUCUUCUCAGAUCUUGCGUCACUCUUGAACGGGAAAAGCGCAGACAGCGGCGAGAAAAAUUAUGCCGGCCGCAACGCUUCCAUCGCCGUUACGGUGCCUAGAAGACCGUCCAACGCUUUCACUUCUUUCGCAUUUCUCUUCGCCUCUGCAAGCACUUAAUGGCCGACGUCCGCUCCAAACUCCACUUCCAGCUGCAAAAUGAAAACAUUCCUCGACGAUGUGCAGCUUUUUUUUUUUUUCCCCCCUCCGGUUUUUUAUUGGGGCUUAAGUUUUAUAAAAGAAGGGAGCGUAUAUUGAUGUCGUCGACUCAUUGAGCACUGGCAGAAAAAAAAAAAAAAAACACUCCUUGAUGAAAAUUGCUUUUCUGGGAGACAAUAAAAGUCAAAGCCAUUACUGCGUCGUACUGUAUGUGAAGAUGGGUGGAUUUACGGAGCUGGACUGGAUUCUUCUACACAAAGCGGAUUCAGAUUCAGAAAACUAUUCAACGCCGCAGCGCGAUUAAUUCCCUGACUUUAUGAUAAGCGUCAAACUGGUGGCCACGUCAUCUUUUUUUUUGUGGUCAGCAACUGCAGGAAUUCAUAUUUUGAAGCUUAUUAAACACAUAAUUUCCGAAUAGCAACAUGUGGUUACACAAGUUAAUUGUAUUGGCUAAGUUAAAGUAAGGGUCCGAACACAUAUGAAGAUAGAAGAAAAAGAGAGAUAAAAGAGAUUCAAACCACAAUGUCCCUGCAGUGUUUUACACGGCAGAAAUGGAGAAAGUUGAAGUUGAGGGCUGCGUCCACUUGUCCAGCGUCCUCUAAGUCCCCACGGUCCAAGUUGUGUGGUCCAAUGUAGGCUUCGCUAGCAUUAGCUCGUCCAUGGUUAUGUAAUUUCACUCACAAUGGUUGGUAGGUGUCCUUGUUGUCUUCCUCCUUGCGGUCCAAUUUAGGUCUCGCUAACGUUAGCUCGUCGCAAGCGUUAUCUCGUCACUAGCUUUAGCUCGUCACUAGCGUUAGCUCGUCGCGAGCCUUAGCUUGUCGUUGGUUAUUUAGUUUCACUCUACAAUGAGUGAGUGCCCCCCCAUGGGACUGGAGACGCUGAAGAUCGACGACUUCCAGCUCCACGCGUCCACCACCAAGCGCUACGGCCUCGGCGCGCACAGAGGUCGUCUCAAUAUUCAGGCCGGCCUCUACGAGGACGACCUCUACGACGGGGCCUGGUGCGCCGGGAGGGACGACCCGCUGCAGUGGCUGGAGGUGGACGCCAGGAGGCUGACCAAGUUCACGGGGGUCAUCACACAAGGCCGCAGCUCCCUCUGGUCGAGCGAUUGGGUGACCUCCUACAAGGUCAUGGUGAGCAACGACAGUCACUCGUGGGUUACGGUGAAGAACGGCACCGAGGACAUGAUCUUCAGAGGAAACAGGGAAAAGGAGAUCCCGGUGCGCAACAUUUUCCCGACUCCUUUGGUGGCUCGCUACAUCCGAAUCAACCCCCAGUCCUGGUUCAACAGCGGCAGCAUCUGCAUGAGGGCCGAGAUCCUCGGGUGCCCCCUGCCAGACCCGAAUAAUUAUUACCACCGACGCAAUGAGGUCAUCACCACCGACGAGUUGGACUUCACCCUUCACAGUUACAAGGAAAUGAGGCAGCUGAUGAAGGUGGUCAACGAAAUGUGCCCCAACAUCACUCGCAUCUACAACAUCGGCAAAAGCCACGGCGGCCUCAAACUCUACGCCAUCGAGAUUUCCGACAACCCCGGGGAGCACGAAGUGGGUGAGCCGGAGUUCCGCUACACGGCCGGUUCCCACGGCAACGAGGUGCUGGGUCGCGAGCUCCUCCUCCUGCUGAUGCAGUUCAUGUGCUUGGAGUAUCUCUCGGGCAACCAGCGGGUCCGACACCUGGUGCACGAGACCCGCAUCCACCUGCUGCCGUCCGUCAAUCCCGACGGGUACGAGAAAGCCUUUGAAGUGGGUUCCGAGCUCAGCGGUUGGUCCCUGGGCCGGUGGAGCAACGACGGGAUCGACAUCCACCACAACUUCCCCGACCUCAACUCCAUCCUGUGGGAAGCCGAGGCCAAAAAGUGGAUCCCGCGCCGGAUGGCCAACCACUUCGUCUCCGUUCCCGAGUGGUACCAGGCCAAAAACGCCUCGGUUGCCGUAGAGACGCGCGCUCUCAUCACCUGGAUGGAAAAGAUCCCCUUCGUCCUGGGGGGCAACCUCCAGGGGGGCGAGCUGGUGGUGACCUUCCCCUACGACAAGACCCGCUCGCAGGGCGUGACCCGGGAGCAGACGCCCACGCCGGACGACCACGUGUUCCGCUGGCUGUCCUUCGCCUACGCCUCCACCCACCGCCUCAUGACGGCCGCCAACCGGCGGGUGUGCCACAGGGAGGACUUCGCCAAGGAGGACGGGACCAUCAACGGGGCGUCCUGGCACACGGCGGCAGGCAGCAUGAACGACUUCAGCUAUUUGCACACCAACUGCUUUGAGCUCUCCAUGUACGUGGGCUGUGACAAAUUCCCGCACGAGAGCGAGCUGCCAGAGGAGUGGGAGAACAAUCGCGAGUCUCUUCUCGUCUUCAUGGAGCAGGUGCAUCGUGGGAUAAAAGGCGUGGUGAGGGACCUCCAAGGCAACGGAUUAGCCAACGCCACCAUCGCCGUGGAGGGCAUCGGCCACGACAUCCGCACAGCUGCCGACGGGGACUACUGGCGCCUGCUGAACCCGGGCGAGUACCGCGUCACGGCGCGGGCCGAGGGCUACAGCAUGGUGAGCAAGAGGUGCGAGGUGGGCUACGCCAUGGGGGCCACCCGCUGCGACUUCACGCUGGGCCGCACCAACCUAUCUCGCAUCCGGGAGAUCAUGGAGCGAUUCAACAAGCAAGCCGGCGCCAAAGCGCCCGCCAGGCCGCCGCCGCCGCCGCUGCAAGCUCGGCGGUCUGGAGAGAGACGACCGGGGACCUAACGCGAUGGGGUGGGAAGGACUAAGGAACGAAACCAGAACCUAUUCGUGAUUGCGGGGAUGAUGAUGAUGAUGAUAGAAAGCAAAGUAUUAUUGUUGAAAAACAUCUCAAAAAUACACUCUCAAAACUACAUUUUACAGAUUUAUGUAUAUAUAAACCCACGUUUGUGUGGGGAUACAUUCCAGACCCAUCCCUAAAUAUUUUUUUAAAAACGAAUUUUAAAAUUUUUCUCAUCCCUCUCACAAGUUUUCAACAUUAAAAAAAAUUUUUAAUCAUGUUUUUGGUGUCUAUUCUCAGUUUUGCAUUAAUUGUCACUCCCGAUCAAGUUUUACUGUCAAACCAAAGAAAUCAAUAGUUUUGUAUAGCAAAAGUUUGUUAGCUGAAUGCUAACAUACAAUAGGAAACACCAUAUGUGGGCUAACCAGAAUUAGCAUGGAUGUCACAAUAAUUACAAAGCCUGAUAAAACAGCUACUUUUCCACAAAUGGAGCAGCAACACAUGCAGACAAUACACACAGGCAUGUAUUCUCUGUGCUUUAUGGGAAUGCAUGUCGGGGACCUUCUCUAGCUCUCUUUCCUGUAAUUCAACAUUGAUUUUUUUAAAAAAAAAAUGUAAAUAAAAGAGAAAACAGACACUGCCUGAGCAUCUACUCUCAUGUAUGUACAUAGAGGACCUGUUAAAUUAUGUAAACCACAUCAGACGCAAUGCAAAAAAAUAUGCACGUCGCUUCACAAGAAAUAAAGUCCAUCUACGCUAA